AAAAACAAACGGAUCUUUGCUGGACCAGCGCUUUUUCGCAAAACAACGCCGUAAAAAGUGCGAAAUAUUCAACAUUUUUGGCCUAUCUGUUCUCCGAGGAAGUGCAAGACGACGCCGCAUCAUGGAACCGAAUCGCGCGAAGGAAGAGUACGAGUUGCAGCACUUUAAUUUCACCGCCGAAGAAAUUGUCGCCCAGAACGCACAGCUGGUUCAAUCCAUCCUGCACAAAACACUGAACGCAUUCACGGAGCAGCUCAUCGAUAAGCGGCAACUUUCGGCGACGCAGGGCAAUGAAUUGCGUGCCCAAAUCGGGCCAACAAGCCGUGCAAUGUACGACGACUGCCGGCCGGCGAUCGAAGAGCUGAACUCGCUCUUCCGGAAGACCUUCUCCAUCCCGGACGAUCUACUGCUCCCGACGGACCUGAUGCACGCCCAGCAACACACGGACGAGUUCGUGAAAGGGCUCCAGCAGGAGGUGGACGAAGCGAAGGAGGCCGUCAGCCGUGGAGCGAUCUUUCUGGCUUCCCUCGAAGCCGAAGCGGAACUACACCGAGCCCUGGAACCGUGCUAUAGAGCGGAGGGUGAAAUUCACGAAAUGCUCGAGGAAUACCAGGAGCUGGAGAUUGUGUCGAACGAUUUGACCGAAAUGAUCGAACAGCUGGAGAGCAGCGGCCUGCUGGGGGAAAGUUCCGAGAGCCAAGGCAAUCAUUCGUUGGAUAACUUUUUAUUACAAAAGUAGCAAA